CAAAAAACUUCAGUUGCCUUCCAAACGUGAAAGGGGAAGGGUGUGUCGAAUGUUGUGGCAAAUUACGACUUACGUAAACUUUUUUUGAAACUUGUUAAGUGUGUUAUUGUGCACGAAGAUGUAUUAUUGAGUGAUUAUAGGAUUGUUUUGUUUUGGAUUUGAUUAUAAUGGCGUUAAAUAUGUCCACCGAUUUGACCACUUGUGAAGAUAUUGUUAAAGCUGAAGUAAAAGAAGAAAGAAUACUAGAAAAAGACGCUGGCUUUGUCUCCGGGGGCGAAGAUGAUGAUUCAUGUUCGGGGCCAGCACAUUCUGACGACUCUGGAGUCCGGCUGGUGGAUCCUAUACCAAGGAAACGACCACGAACCCCCACUAAACUCCAACCACCCAAGAAACGAAUCAGAAUCAGCUCAAGAGAUGAUCUCACGAGUCCUGAGAUAGACGCACGAACUAGUCCAUUUCGACCCUGGUCUUUUGCCGACGAACCUCAACAAGAGCCAUUGUCUUUAGUCAAGAAGGCCAGCGAAACUAGCUUGCUUAGGCAAAGACGGAGGCCCAUAGAACCUCCGCCUAUACCGAUCCCGAUUCCUCAACAACCAGGACCUCCAAGAGUUCCGCCACAUCCAGGUGUCAUAGAGUCGUUUUCAGAUAAAAAGAGAGAGCAAAGGAACUAUAAGAACAUGACGAGAGAAAGAAGGAUAGAAGCAAAUGCUAGAGAACGUACAAGAGUGCAUACGAUCAGUGCAGCAUUUGAUACUCUAAGGCGCGCCAUUCCCUCAUAUAGUCAUAACCAAAAACUGUCUAAACUGUCCGUUCUCAGGAUAGCCUGCGCAUAUAUAUCUGCAUUAUCAUCAGCGACAGAGCCUGAUGCAGAUUUAGCGGACGCUGUAGAGAAGGUGACGCAAACGAUUCAUACGGAAGGAAAGUUAAGAAAGAAGAAAGAUGAAUAAGAGCUGAUGAACCAGCCUUGGGUGCUAGUUAAGUAUGUACGUACUUAAAGAUUCAGUGGAGCGAAGUCUCUUGUGUAUGUUCCAAAUUGUUUUGUACAAACAUUCUCUCGGGGAUUCCGGUUGGUUGAAGAUGAAUUCGAGAAUAUUGUAAUAUUUCUUGAUUCCCCGGAAAGAACUACUACAACUACCUCACAACUGUCGCUCCAUUUGACAUUGACAAUCCAAGUUUGACGUUUGGUACAAAGACGACAAUAAUAAGCUUUAUAGAGAAUCUCACGUCUGAUAUUAUGUGCCUGUCAGUACAAAUAUUGUUCCUAAAGUGGUGGUAUAAUUGUGUGAUGAAUACUGGCAACAUAAAUUGAUGUAUGAUUAAUUAUAUUUUACAUGUGUUCUAUCCAGUUUUAAUCCUUACUGACCAUACUAUGAAAACGUAUGCUUUAAGUUCAAUCUUUACGUGUUAAGAUGUCCUUGUCUGUCGAAUAGAUUGUAAAAAGCAGAAUAUAUUAUGUAAAAAGAUCCUAUAUUUAUACUUCUUGAUUAGAGCCGCAUUCAUACGGCUUUUGUUCGAUUAGAAAAAAUAUGAAAUUUGAUUGCACUGUAAGAAAAUAGUAUGGUUCAAAAUGGUGCCUUGGUCAUGCACAUAAGACCUUGUUUCGAUAUUUGAAAACGUUAAAAUAUCAUAAAAUGUGUUGCCACUAAUUGUUAGAACUUACAUUGUCAAAUAUUACGUCGGUUUAAAUAAUAACAGAAGGCUUAGCCAAUCUCACCAUUCCCGCCCAGUAUUAGGAGGUUCUAUGACGAAAAUUAACUAUUUUAACUUUGGCUUUAAUAUAUUUAUUGAAAUGAGUCAGUAAUCUUAAGACAGAAUUGUAUAUUUUAUAUAAUUUAGUAUUAAGUUCAUUUUUGUAAAUAUAGUUAGAUGUACAGUUAUUGUAAAUUGUAAUUUUACGUUUUAAGGCAUUUUCUCUCUCAGGUAUUUAAAUUAUCUCAAAUAUUUUUUUUUGCUUCCCCUUUUCUGGGAGAGGCAACGGAAUAAUUCCAUACAGCCAGGUCUUUUAGAAGAAUGUUAUAUAAAUUCGUAAUUAACUCCAAACUAAGACUAUGUAUUUAAGCAAUCGUCCAUAAACCGAAAUGCCUUGAAAAUUUGUUGUGAUAAUAAUGUAAAUAAUAGUUGAAUAGUUAUUAUAUUAUAAUAAAAGACACAAGCAAUUUUAUUAACGAUAACGGUGAUUGUAAAAUGGCCUUACCAUAGUCAGAAUGUUUUUUUUUAUAUUAUUAUUAGAUGAGACGUUGAAACAAAUAAUUAUAAAUCCAAGUUGUGUUACUUGUUGCUAAGUGUAAAGUAUAUAUUUAAAUAAUUAAUCUGAUGAUUCAACCAUUUACAAGACUUGAAAGGAAAUUAAUAAAUGAUAAAUGAAAAUUUA